AUGCAAUUUUGUCUUUUUUAUUGUUUCUAUCUCUUGCUUCUCUCUCUCCCUCCUUUUGCAAUUGCUCAAACUCAACCUAACAUAAGCUUAGGCUCUUCUCUUUCCACUCUCGACGAAAACCCGUCAUGGCUUUCGCCUUCCGGCGAAUUUGCCUUCGGAUUCUAUCUUCUCCCAGACAGAAAUCUCUUCUUGCUAGCAAUCUGGUUCGACAAAAUACCCGAAAAAACAAUAGUUUGGUCGGCAAAUGGAGACAAUCUAGUGCAGAAAGGAUCGAGAGUGGAGCUAACGGCCAGCGGUCAGCUCAUUCUCAACAAUCAUCAACGCCAACUGGUGUGGCAGGCCGAGUACUCCAACAACAGUGAGAGCGUUAUAUCUGCAGCAAUGCUUGACAGCGGAAACUUCGUGCUCAUGAGCAUGAAUUCUAUUAUAUGGGCGAGCUUCAACAAUCCGACGGACACCAUCUUGCCUACACAGAUAUUGAGACUAGGCAGCAAUCUUCCCUCCCGUCUAACUGAGACGGACUAUUCGAGGGGAAGGUUCUUACUCAGUCUUCAGAGCGAUGGAAAUUUAGUUUUUUAUCCCGUUGCUCUCCCGACAGAAGUCGUUUACUCUUCUUACUGGGCUAGUAUGACGAAUGGAAAGGGUUUCGAGCUAGUCUUUAAUUCAUCAGGUCGCAUUCACAUCAAGCUAACAGAUGGAGGUUCGUAUGAUCUUGCACCAGCAACUGAAGCUCCAACAACCGAAGUCUAUCAGAGAGCAACAUUAGAUUUUGAUGGAGUGUUCAGGCAAUACGUCCGGCGAAAGACCCAAUUCAGCGAUGGGAGAUGGGCCAUGUCAUGGUCUGUUGUGUGGUUCUUGCCACCGGACAUGUGUGCCAGCGAUUUCGGUACGUUGGGUUCUGGAGCUUGUGGGUUUAAUAGCUACUGCUGGAUGGACGAGAAUCAAAGGCCGAGUUGUCAAUGCCCGCCUGGGUACUCUUUCCUGGAUCCGAACAACGAAUACAAAGGGUGUAAGCCAGAUUUCCCUCUGCAGAGUUGCGAUGAGGAUAUAUCAAAAGAAAAGCUUCAGUUUGAGAUGAAGGCAUUGUUUAAUACGGAUUGGCCGAAUUCGGACUAUGAUGGAUACACUAACAUAAAUGAAGACAAAUGUCGAGAAUUUUGCCUGAAUGAUUGUUUAUGUAUAGCGGCCUCUUAUAAAGAUGGAAGCUGUUAUAAGAAGAAGGUUCCAUUCUCAAAUGGGAAGAAAGACCCUAGUGUAGGAGCUAAGAUUCUCAUCAAAGUACCGAAAAAUAAUUCUGCUCUUCCACCCACAAGCAUCGGUAGAGGGAAGAAAGAUCAGUCGACUUUGAUCAUUGUAGGAUCAGUACUUUUGGGCAGCUCUGUGUUUCUCAAUUUCACGUUCUUUUUGGUGAUGCUAUUGCUUGGUUUCAUCUUACAUCGUAGAAAACUUCGGGACGUUAAGCGAGAAUUGACCAUGCUGGGAAAGAAUCUACGGUGUUUUACUUACAAAGAGCUCGAAGAAGCAACCGGAAGGUUCAAGGAAGAACUGGGUCAUGGUGCAUUUGGGACUGUUUAUAAAGGGUCAUUCAUGAUGCCUGAUGAUUCUACAACUUCCGUUGCAGUGAAGAAGCUAGAGAAGGUGGUUGAAGAGGGCGAGAAUGAAUUCACGACAGAAAUGACCGCAAUUGGACAGACCCAUCACAAGAAUCUAGUGCAACUGCUUGGAUUCUGUGAUGAGGGGCCGCACCGGCUUCUUGUUUAUGAGUUCAUGAGUAAUGGGUCUUUAUCAAGCUUCCUCUUUGGAGGCUCGAAACCUAAAUGGAACCUACGGGUGCAGAUUGCAUUCGGGAUCGCAAGAGGGCUCAUGUACUUACAUGAGGAGUGCAGCACCCAAAUCAUACACUGCGAUAUAAAACCUCAAAACAUACUUCUAGAUGACUGUUUGAGGGCAAGGAUCUCUGACUUUGGAUUGGCAAAGCUUUUGAAUACGGAUCAGACCCGAACAAGUACGGGCAUCAGAGGGACUAGAGGGUAUGUGGCGCCCGAAUGGUUCAUGAACAUGCCAAUCACGGCAAAGGUCGAUGUCUACAGCUUCGGUAUUGUGUUGUUGGAGAUUGUUUGCUGUAGGAAGAACGUCGAAUCAAAGCCGGCAAGCGAAGAGGAAGAGAUACUGUCUGAUUGGGCUUAUGAUUGCUAUAGAGAAGGGAAGUUGAAUUUGUUAGUGGAAAGUGACGAAGAUGCGGUGGUAGACAAACAGAAGGUAGAGAGAUUGGUGAAAGUAGCGAUUUGGUGCAUUCAGGAAGAGCCAACCCUUAGGCCUUCCAUGAAGAAGGUGACUCAAAUGCUUGAAGGAGCGGUUGCAGUUUCAGUGCCUCCAGACCCGUCUUCCUUCUUUAGCUCAUUGGGCUGA